AUGAACCCCACCUUUGCCAAAGACCCGUUGGCCCUCCUGCCCCCCGAGAUUAUCCUGCAGGUCCUGGAAUUCUCUCCCAUUUCCACACUCGCAUCGUUGACCGCAGUCUCGACGGCCUGGCAUCAAUUUAUUGACGUCACUCACCAGGACGCCAUCUACGAGUCCAAAACCUCCCAUCCACCUAAUCCUACCCGAGACCUCAGCUUUUUAAACGAUACCCAGAGCUUCUCCAGACUUUUCGAAGGUACCUCGUCAUGGAAGGAUCUAUGCAAACGCCAGACACUGCUCGCUCACAAUUGGGCCGAACACACACCGGUCACACAGGAGUCGGUAUUGCAAGUUGGCAACGACCCCGUCUGGCGCUUUCGACCGGAUUUUAAACGUCGCUUCUUCGUCUCUACCUCUCAUGCAGGUGGUUUAAAUGUGACGGAUAUGGACUCUGGUCGGAUCCUCUGGCGACUGCCUUCAUCACUCGACCGUGACAAGGAUGCCGUUCGGCCCUACGCACAUCUGGAAUAUCAGGAUGGCAUGGUUGUAUUUGAUCGGGAGGGUGAUGCAGUCGAAGUUUGGCAAGCUGAUGUGGAUGACGCACCCCGCGGAGAAUUUCGUCAGAUCGCUGUCUUGAACCACAAAUGCAUGACGAGAGGUUUCCAGCUGUCCUAUUCCACGCUCUGCGUGGUGUCGAGUGAAGGAAAGGGUUUCGUAUACGACAUGACCCAACGCCCUCCGAAGCUGACGAGAGAGAUUGAUAUCGAACGAGAUGCUAUCGGUCACCUCGACCAGAGCCACGAUGUGGUGAUUUACUCUAUCGGGCCCGGCGGUUAUCACGUCUACAACAAAACAUCCGGUGCAUACCUAGGUGCCAUACAUCCUUCACGCGUUACGGAUAGAUAUCAUAUUCGUGCCCCUCCACCACCCUCCCGUUCUGCAAGUGCGGUGCUAGCGGGGGCCGCCCGGCAUGGACCUGCGCAUCGCAUAUUCCUUCCAGGUCCACCUCGUAAAGACUGCCUUGUCUCGGUGAACAUUUCACGUGGGCCUCUUUCUCCGCCUACUGACCCCAAUCAUGUAUGGCACCAAGAGGAUGAAUGGGGAGCAGGCAUGCUAGAUGGAAAUCUCUUCGUUGGCUUUUCACGCGCUGGUCGUGUAUUCAUAUGUUCCGACUGGCGGAAGGCUCUUCAUGACGAGUCCAGUUUCCAGGCGACCAGCUCGAUCAUUGAAUGCGAGACGGAUGGGUCAAGCUUUGAACUCGGUGGAUGGCUAGCUGUACGCAACCAUCGAUUGAUGUUUGAAAUCCAAGAUCGGAUUUACAUCGUUGCGCUUGAUGACCAUGACAAGGUCCAGACAACCAGUCCCCAGGCCCCCUCUUCUUAUGCCUUACUGACCAGCUCCGCGCCACAACUGGCGGUGCCGGUCAGCUUUAUGACUUUGUGCGACGAUGCGAUCAUGACCACCUAUACUACUCUUGGCUGGCGCCAAUCUCUUUCGAAUAUCCCAGGCGAUCUUCCAGCGGGUCAACGGCAAAAUGACAACCCUGCCCGCAUCUUCCCAACCAAAGCCAUUCGAAUUGUCAGCCUGGCACCCGACCUUUCACGCAAACCUUCACCUUCCAGCUCAACAACAAACACCCGAGAACAGUCUGCUCCCACCGAUGAUGACUUUCUAGACCCAACCCAUCCACUGGGUGACGAAGCGUGGCGCUCGCAGGCUGCACUAUUGGAAUUAGUCAGUAUGCUUCAGGACGACUUUGAUGACGUAGAUGACGAGGGGGACGGGGCCGUUGUUGCGGGAUUACAGGCCGCCGAAGAAAGCGAGGAUGAGAGCGAGAACCGUGAGAACUAA